CAAGUCUCGUCCUCGAGUUACAACAACACAUAACGACAUGCUACAUUGCGCUUUAUUUGUUGAUGUGAUAUUCUAUCAUUAAUCCGAUAUGCUGCCAGUCAUAGUAGUGCAUGGAGGCGCUGGUCAUGUUCCUAAGGACAGGACUCAUGUCUCCUGUGUCGGGGUGAGGGAUGCAGUUAGAGCUGGGUAUGCCAUUCUCCAGGCGGGUGGUAGUGCCAUGGAUGCUGUGGUAGAAACUGUGACCCUGCUAGAGAAUAACCCAGCAUAUAAUGCAGGUCGAGGGUCAGCCCUAAAUGUGAAGGGAGAUGUGGAGAUGGAUGCACUUGUGAUGGAUGGGAGAACUCUAGCCAGUGGUUCUGUGUCAGCAGUCAGGAGGGUGGCUAACCCAGUACAACUGGCCAGGCUUGUCAUGGAGAAGACCAAUCACUUGUGCCUGACAGCUGAAGGAGCCUCUAAGUUUGCUAGAGCCAUGGGUGUACCGGAAGUGCCUGAAGAGUCACUCAUCACAGACUAUGCCAGAAUGCGCUGGAAGAAGAACCUGCAGCCCGAUGCCAACCCUGUGGAAUGCCAAAUGGGCAAGAUGGGAACCGUAGGUGCAGUGGCCGUGGACAAAGAGGGAAAUACUGCCUGUGCCACAUCCACUGGUGGAAUGUUAAAUCAAAUGGAAGGUCGUGUAGGAGACACACCGUGUGUUGGGUGUGGGGGUUAUGCAGAUAACCUGAUUGGGGCUGUCUCACCCACAGGCCAUGGGGAGGCCAUCAUGAAGGUCACGCUGUCUAGACUCAUUCUCUUCCACAUGGAGCAAGGUAAAAGUCCACAGGAAGCAAGUGACCUGGCCCUUGCGUAUAUGAAGGAGCGGGUGAAUGGUCUGGGCGGGGUGGUAGUGGUAGAUCCGAAAGGGACCUGGGCAGCUCGCUUCAGCAGUUUACAGAUGGCAUGGGCAGCUGCUCAGCAGGACCAACUCCAUUAUGGAUUGUACCAUGGGGAGGACUUCAUUGAGCCUAUAUGUGUAUAAGAACAGAAGAAUACACAAUGAACAAAUGCUCAAACACUCCAUAAUAACGCAAUGUUUUUCUACAAUCAAUAUGGAAUACACUAUUAAAUAUGCAAACAAGCAAAUCUGUAUUGGCAUAUGCCUUAUUGUGAGUUUUUGAGGAGCAGAUUUUAAGGAAUUAAGUGCAAUGUUAAAAACGUAAAAUAUAGGCGAAUUAGACACUCCUUAGUUGUAGCAUUGCUUGUUCUCCAUUAGAUGGCGGUAAAUUAUAUUACAAUAAUUUGUAAGGUACAGUCAGUGGGAUUGUUCUUUAAUCACGAAAUUUAUUUUAAAACUGUUUUGUAAUAUUUGCUUGCCAGACCUGAACUGAAUUGUUUUCAUAGCUGAUUUAAAGAACAGAAAUCAUGAAUCAUUCUUGAAGUGGUGCAGCGUAUCAUUUCCAUUUUUAUCCUAAAAGAGAACGGUGUUUGUUGACUUCUUAUGUUAUUGUGUUGAUUAAAUUAAUAAUUUUGAUAUCA